CCAACCGACGUGAAAAAAAAACGAUAUCCCAAAUGGAUGCGUCUUAUUCUGAAUUUAUCCACUAAAGCCCUGACCUCUGGUGUAUUUCAUUUGCUGCCAGCUGUGCCCUCUUGGCGAUUACGCAUGAGACGCUCUGCUAAUCGCCCGGACUUGGAUGGGUUGUGUUGAUUCACUGUCACUGUCCUCUCAAGUCCACACGCCACGAGUUCUGUGUUGCCACUGUCCAGUUCUGUGCGCGCUACAGCCACGUAACCUUUUAGACCAGGAUCAGACACCAUUGGAGCGCGCGCGUGGACCUUGGACUUCUUUCCAACUUCAUAUAGGAUAUGCAGCUGUUAUUUACAGGGGAGAGAACACUGAACAUGUGGAACUGAGAAAAGAGGAACUGUUUAUUUUUUGUGUUGGUUUGUUUUUGCUGCGGAAACAUCUUUCGUGUUGUUGUUGACAUCACCUACCACUGAGUUCAUACAAAAUAUAAAGCCCAUCAUUAAGAUCUCGGUUGUCAUUACAGCUGGUUUUUUUUCAGAAAGUUGUGCUCCGUGUUUACUUUCUUGGAUGAGUUUAUUUCGCGCUCCAGCGCGAAUCUAAGAGCUCCUCAGUAUAUGGGUAUCCCGUGAGUGCAUUUCUUUUUUGGAUGUGGAAGGUUGUGAAGAUGGUCAUGUUUUUCUUUUGGAGUUUGUUGCUGACACUGACCGCGCUGUCUUUGCCAACUCACACUGAAGUCGUGAAAGUGGAGGAGCUGCCAGAUGACCCGAGGAGCUUCCUCCCGAUCCCCGUCUACCCAUCUGUGAAGUAUCAGAUCCUCAACGCGGAGCCCCUCUUGCUGAGAGAUGCCGGCCGGGACCUGAUAGGCAAUGCCAGCCUGCAGGCCCAGAGGCAGACCUUCAUGCUCAGCAGUGUCAGUGGGCAGCAGCCACCGCCGUCCAUCAACGCCAGCUACGGGCUCAUGUCCGUGGAGAGGGCCAUCCCCCAGGAGCUUCUCCAGACCGGACCCAGGAUUCGGGCCUUCAUCCUGGCCAAGCAGGUCCGCUCCUCGGCCCCCAUUAUGAGGGUGCUGUUCCAUUCCGCCCGGAGCGAGAGCAAUCCCCGGAAUGCUAGCGUGGGUGAAACGGGUCCCAAGGGUGCAGCAGGGAAGGGCGGGUAUAUUUGCGUGAUGACCUAUGCCUUCUGGGAGACGAGGGAGGUGAGGGGAGCCUGCUCCCUCCCCGCCGAAGGAGGCUCCUGCCUGGCCCGGCUCAAGCCUGAGCCCACCUGGUUCGGCCUGGGGAGCGGGAGGUCCAGCCAGGAGAAUCAGAGCGAGGGCAAGGGGAACACGGUGGAGCUGUACUACCAGAGUCGGCCAAGCCCCACCAGCCAGUGCUCGCCUCAGGACGGCCAGGCCCGCAGGGGGCAGCUGGGGCAGGCGGCGCCCAGGUACAGGGUAAGCGGGCCUCGGAUGAAGAGCAUUGGCAGCCUGACGCUCCUGCGCUCCCCCCCGGGGAAUCCCACCUUCAUGAGGGUGAGGCUGGGAGGCACCGUGGUGAUCCAGACCUCCUCCAAGCCUGUGAAGACCACAGACACGGCCACCUUCUACGUGUUCCUGCCCAGUGCCUCACCUGUGGAGCGCUUCAUUCUCAGGACCACAGUGAAAAAAGGUCUGUCCUUCAGCGCAGCACGCCCCAGUGACCCCGGCCUGUGGGACAUCACUCUGGAGCCAGCCAAGGCGGGGGAUGAGCCGCAGCCCCUUUAUGUGGUUUGCCAGAAAAAGAGUACCCUGUCUGGGAAAAGGGGACUACUGGAGGUCCUGCAGCUGGAUUUUGAGGCCGAAGAAUUCAGUGACCAAUCAGAGGGCCAGCUGAUCACAUGGCGUCUGGAGUUGCCUGGCAACAUAAAGGAUGAGGGAAGCAUGAGAAUUUACACCACGCAGAAGGACUUCAUUGGCCUGGCUCCACUCAUCAUGGAUACUGAGCUCCUGAACACAGCCAUCUUGACGGGGAGGAGGGUGUCCGUUCCGAUAGCCAUACUGGCAGUGGAGGCAGAUGGCUCAGUCACAGACAUCACCAACUCCACCAGCUGCCUGUCAACAGACACAGACAUCCUCAAGGUGUCCAAGCGCUGCGAUUUUGUGUACAUGGAUGGGAAGGAGACCGGCGGGCGCGUGCGGAUGCUGGUGAACUUCACCUACAGCUACCUGAGCGCCCAGCUGGAGGUGAGCGUGUGGAUGCCCCGCCUGCCCCUGCGCAUCGAGCUCUCCGACACUGAGCUCAGCCAGAUCAAGGGCUGGAGGGUGCCCGUCUCUGCCAUCAACCAGAGGAAGUCCAGUUGGGACAGCGAGGAAGAGGAGGACCGGAAGGGCCGUGGCUGCAUGCUGCAGUACCAGCAUGCGCUGGUCCGUGUGCUAACGCCCUUCCUGGCUGACGCCGAUGACCCGGCAGGGGGGACCGCGGCCAGCCUGCCCGCCUACUUCCUGGGGCCGGAGUGGCAGGUGGACGUGACGCGCCUGGUGCAGGACUCCAUGCGUGUGGGCGACCCCUCGGUGGCUCGGCUCCAGAGUGACACUGUGCUGGCUGGAAGAGCUGUAGGAGUCACCAGUGUACAGGUGAUGUCUCCCCUGUCGGACUUGGUGCUGGCUGAGAGGGUGGUGCGGGUUCUGGAUGAUAAAGUGUCCAUCACAGAGCUGGGGGUGCAGCUGGUCUCUGGCCUCGCCCUCAACCUGCAGCUCAGCCCUGGGAGCAACAGGGCCAUCGUCGCCACGGCUACCACACAGGAACUCAUGCAGAGCCUCAAACAGGAAGCUCUCAUCAGCCCUUGGGUGCAGUUCAGCGAUGGCUCCUUGACCUCUCUCGACCUCUACGAUCCAAGUGGCUACACCCUGAGCGCGAGCUCUAUUGAUGAGAGCGUGGUGUCCGUGCAAAGGGGCCCCCACCCACAACUGUCAGCUGUUGCGGAGGGCGACGGUCAGGGGUCGCUGCUGAGGGUCGAGCUGGGCAUCUGCGAGGCUUGUCAGAAGUCCAAGCGCAAGAGCAAGCUGGCGGUGGGCAGCGGUGCCGUCAGGGUGACGCUCCUGCCCAUCCUGGCAGCCCCCGAAGAGGGCGGCGAGGCCACGGGCAGGAUGGAAAGUGGGGCAGGAGGAGUGGCGGCUCAAGACCGUGGCGGCAAUGCCAAGGCGCCCAAGGGAGAGAUUAAGCAGGCACUUACCUCCCCAAGGGCCGUCCCCCUGGAUAUCUACACCCAGGCCGUCCUGCAGGACUCCAGGGCCAGGGAGCGCAGCACCACCUCCCCCCUCCAGGAGGCCCUGGGGAUGGGGGUCAUGUCCACCGCUCAGACCAUCCGCUCCACCAAGGAGGCCACCACCAGCAAGCCGCCUAGCAACCGCGCGGUGCCCACGGCAGGGCGAGGCAACACCGAGAAGAAAGAGAUGGGAAACCUGCUGAUGAACUCCAUCUCUCAUUUUGGUCCUGAAGGACCAUCUCCGCUCGAUUUGUUUAGGAAGAAUGUGCCCAAGGCUGUGGUGCCCAAGGAGGAGGUUUUUACCGAGGAGCCUCCGCUUAUGGAGAGUGACCUGGUGCGUGCGUUUGGUGUUGCCUUCAGUGAUCUGGAAAUAUGCAUCUAUGCGCUGGUGGGCGUCUCCUGCCUGGCAAUCCUGGGUUUCCUGCUCAACUGCGCCACCUACAGCCUGAGGUCACACAGCAAGAAGACCCCCGUCCAACCCCAAGACCCGCGUGAGCACCGACACCACUGGGUGAGGCUCAGCACGACCUCGGAGCAGGGCAGGCCGCCCCCACCACCCAUGCAGGCCUGCCAGAACCACCCGGAGCCUCACCACCUUCCCAUGGAGGCGCCCAGCAUGCCCCCGUCCGAGGAGAGGACUGCCACCCUGGGCCGCAGGAGCAGCUCCCAGCCCUGCAGGACUGACUCCAUGCCAAGAAGGUCGGCCACUCUCCUGGCCAGGCCGGUGCGCACCGAGCCCUUGCACUCGCCCACCAGUAAGAGGAACCAGGUCCAGUUCACCACCUUCACUACGCUAGAUAUCAAACACCUGGCAGCGCUGAAGAGGAACGGUCUGGAGGUCAGCUGGGCCGUGCCGGUCUCCAACUAUGGCGAGCCGAACGGGGUGCCCCUUCCUGACAUCCCAUACCCCGCUGUCAUACCUCAUGUCCAGGCAUAGAGGAGAUCUAAGGGCUUUUUGUCUCUUUGUGUGUGUAUGUGUUUGAAGGCACGGGACUAUCAGAAAUGGAGGUAGUGAUCACUGUCUGUUAUUGAGUGUAUUGAAUGCAUUGGUUUCUUAAUGUUUUUGUGGGUCUGAAGUCUGAAUGAAGCAAUGUUGUUUUGUUUUUUACGUGGGAGCCUAAACAUUGAAACUUUGUGUAUUUGACAGUAUUACAGAAGUCUUCAUAAUACCUCAAGGGCCCCUUAUCUCUCGCUGUGUGUGUGUGUGUGUGUGUGUGUGUGUGUGUGUGUGUGUGUGUGUGAGUGUGUGUGUACAUGUCUGUUAAACUCUACACUCAUCUAUGCAAAGUGUGUUCCAUCACUAAUGAAGUCACAGCAAGUGACAGGCAAGCAGCCGCUGGAGAGUAAGCGUUGGACUGUAAAUACAUAAUUUUACAAAGUUCCAAAUGUUUUCACCGCACAAUUUUAUAUAUGUGUUUAUUUCAGAUUUUGUAAAUUUGUAUGCUUCUCAGAAGUAACCCUAAACCUUAGAGUGUAUAAUGAGAGAAAAAGAGAUUAUUCAUAUAUACAGUAUGUAUAUGCUUGUUACGAAAGUAUCCUUGCAUGUUUCUGUCAAUAUAGGUACAUAUAAUGUAAAUAAAAAUGAAUUGAAAUGUACGUGUAAAUGUUGAUAAGAUAAGUUGAUAAUAUUAAUAUUCUGUGCAUAUUUUUCACCUUUUGUAAAAUGAUGUCCCUUCUUGUAGCUAAAUCACCAAGGAAACAAAGAAAACGUCAUAAAAAUGUUUCAAAAGAAAGUUUUGAAUGCUUGAGAUGUGGCAUUUCUCUCACCACAGGAGUUCUCAUGCUGUAUGGAAAUGAGAGAGCUUCCCGGCUGUGGGUAGACAGUCACUGUGUGUUAUUUUUUUAUUAUAAUGGAGGAAGGAAGAGGAUGGUGACUAAUCAGCCCCUGUACGAAUAAACAAACAGAGCCGCGCCCUCACAGUCCCUGCCUGAACCAAUAAACCUGUAAGACAACUUCAUCUUGCCAUGUGGUCUUUUUUAGUAUUCCAAAAGGUCAGGAGAUGCAUCUGUCAAGCUGGGAUCACAGGUCUGCAUCUUAACUGUUCCCACUCUUCUUCCUCCAUUCACUUCAGCCACCAGUAUGUUUCAUGCUGGAAUAACUUCACUGUACCAACAUUUUGAUCAAAGCAACUACGACAGUUUUUACUUAUUCAGUUUACCAAUAAUCUUAAUUUUAAAGUGUCGAUCUGCAGGAUCUGAAAUCUUAAAGCUGCACUGUAAUAUUUUCUCUCCAGCGAUUUCAACCAGUACCAGCACUGAGGUUCACAGAUUGAAGCCCUGGCUUCGCGAGCCCUUAUCUGGGCUGUGAGCUCGUCGGGGACCCACUUGUCAGUCAGUUCCAUUCAGACAACCGUAGACGAGAGAGGGGGAAAUCACCACAGCGCGCCCUUCCCCGAUAGCAGCCACGCCGGAGCCGAAAUGGCCGCCUGUGCCUCUGCCUCCCCCGAGCGCGAGGCCUAGAUAGAUCUCUCCCAGACAGAGCGGCAACGGCAGCCUGUCUUUAAAUUGCCUCAGAGCAUAAAAUAUAGAGAGGAGGAGAGAGACACAGAUAGAGAGAGAGAGAGAAAUGCUAGCAGCUACCCAGAUAAUCUGAUGUCUUGAGCCUGAAAAGUGGCAGUGAUGGAUUCAAAGCAAAAA